AUGCACACCACCUCCUGCCUCGCAUGCCGCGGCCGCAAAAUCAAGUGCCAGAGAGAAAGCGAGACCGAGGUCUGCGCGAGAUGCAGAAAGAAGGGCAUUCCCUGUGACACCAAGCCUCGGAUUCUUGGCCGCAAGCGUGGGCAUCGCAACCGCAAGACGCUAGAGAGGCUUGCAGCGGAAGCCGGGACGAGCGAAAGGGCGGCUGAUUACCGCAAGGAGGCUGCUUUGCUGGGCGCAUCGUCAAAAGCAAGCCUUUCACCCAAAUCCGAAACGCUGAGUAUUGAAGAGUCGCCAGAGCUGCAUCAUCCCAACUCUAUCAAUCCGCUUCAUAUCCUGGCCGAUACCAGCAUCGCCCACAAAGGCCAAGAACAGCUCGCUCCAGUCGAGCUUCAUGAUCUUCCGCAGCCUCUCCGCAUACAGGACGGUCUACAAGCACUCUUCAGCCCCGAGCAGCAUUCCCGCGAGACAGCCUCCCGCGCUGUGGAGAAUGUCGAGCUCUCCAAGACUGACGGUCUCGCCUCUCACCCAGAAUACGACGUCGUCAAUGUCGGUAUCGUCAGCGAAGAACAAGCUUCCUUGCUCUUCGACUAUUUCAUGGACAACCUCGCCCCCCUCCUACACAUGUUUGACCCCGCCCUGCACACAUUCGCAUUCGUCCGCCUCCGCUCCACAUUCCUCUUCUCCACCAUCCUCAAAAAUGCCGCCAAAUACUACCCCGGCUUCUCCCACACGACCCUCCAGAGAUUGAGCGAACAUACCCAAGGGCUGCAGAUGCAGACGUAUAUGGAUAAUGCGAGGAGUAUAGAGAUUGUGCAGGGGCUGAUGGUUGAUGCGCUUUGGCUGGGGCAGGCGGAGGAGGGGGAUCUGCAGUGGCAGGAGAGGUGCUGGCAACACAUAGCCACAGCAAUCAUGCAAGCUACAACCCUUCGCCUGGACCGGCUUAUCCCCUUUUGCGUGUCGAGCAAUAUGCAGUACCAGAAAGCGUCGGCGGAAAUGCAGGUCAAGUUGGUGAGGAAUAGUCAGAGGACGUGGUUGAAUUUGUAUACGUUUGAUCGGGCACUGGCGUUGGUGAGAGGGAGGGAACCGCUCGUGGCGGAGGGAGAAUUAUCGUCAAAGAGAAUGCUUGCGACCUGGCAUACCGCCCCCGGAUCUAUCGACCACGAUGUCCUCACCACCAGCUCUGCCUCCUCCCGUCAAAUGCUCAUCCAGGUGCAACGCCAAGUAGCCGCCCAAGUCGCGUCGGACGAGACUGUCAGGUUUGAAGAUGUCAAAAUGAUUGUCGAUGAAGGUUUUGGGCGAUGGACUGCGCAGUGGAAGAGUCUGAUGACUGCCAAACAUUAUGCGAUACACGAUAUCAUAUUGAAAGCAUCGCGGUUUUUGGUUCUGAUGGUGCCUUUUGAGCGGAUGUUGAAUCAGGGGAGGUUGAACGAGUCGACCCUAGGCUUGUGUCUCCAAGAAUCCACAUCCGCCUGCCAAUCCAUCGACACUUGGGUCUCCCGACAAGGCGGGUCGGGCAUACAAGAAGCGCGGUACUUGUGCCCGAGUAUAACGCUGACAAUGUUGACGUAUGCCGCGGUGUUGACGGUAAAGUUGAUGGGGAGUAAGUUGGAGUUGACGAGGGAGAGUCAUUUGGAAGAUCUUUUUAGAUUAUCGACGCUGACGCAGCUGGCAAUCCAAUUGCAAAACUUUGGAUCGAUACCGCUCGGCAAGUCGCCGGCGAUAUCACUUGGAAAGUACUUGUUUGCGACGCUGAGGCAAAUUGGGAUGGUCAUGAUCCGUUCUAUACGGCUGCCUCUACACCCAUCGCAAGCGCAAGCCCAGUCCCAUAAUCGCUCCCAUUCUUCGCACCCUUCUGUGUCUUCGACGAUAACACAGCAAAGCCCGCAGUAUCAGCAGCCGGCGAUGGUGCCGCCCAUACCAGCUCCUAUCCCUCGUCUUGACUCAGCUUACAAUACUCCAAAUAUCCCCUCUCGCUCCCACUCCCAGUCGCACUCUCAUUCCCAUCAUCGUCGCCUCUCAAAUUCACACGCCCCACCUACGAACCUCGUCAACGCAUACCCACAACCAUCCUACCCCGCUCCACUCCCCCACUCAACAUCGGCAUCGACGUCGGCGUCAGCGCCAACGGCGGCACUGACGAAAGACGAGUACGACAAGUAUUCUGCUUCGAGUGUGGCGUUUGCGCAGUUGAUGUCUUCGCUGGAGCAUCAUAAUCCGGCAAGCUUUCAUAUGGGGUACGCCCCGCCCCCACCGCCGUCGCAGUCGCAGUCGCAGUCGUCGCAGACUGCUGGGCCUGGGCCGGGUGGGGACAAUGGGAUCAGAGGGGUGGGUCACGGGGUGGUGAACGGAGGGUUGGAUGAGCAGGUGCGGGGUAUAUCCAAUGGAUCUUUAGGCCUCGGAGGACAAGUGAAUGAACAUGGAUAUGAAGCAGUGCUCGGAAAUGGGGAUGGAGGCGCAGGGGGAGGGGGGCUGCUCAGUGAGCAGUAUGGGUACGAGGGGAUGGACCUCUCGGCGUUUGGGUUGUUGUUGAAUGAGAGUACGGGGAUGAAUGGGUGGAUGAUGGAUUAUGGAAUGCCGAUGGCGGGGCGGGGGUAUUGA